AUGUCCAAGGCCGCCAAACUGACGUUCCUCAGCUCGUGCGUAUUCGCUACUGGCACCAUCUACUUUGUGCAUCGCGCCCAGGAGCUCGAGCGCGCGUCCAUGUACCAGGGCCGCGAAAAGAACCUGCGCGAGCUCGACGAGACCCGCGCACUCCACGCCCAGAUGGUGCAGACCCAGCCCGACGUCCACCCAAAGCAAUGA